AUUAUUAUUAUUAUUAUUAUUAUUAAUUUAUUAUAAUUGUUAUUGUUAGUAUUGUUAUUAUUACUAUUUCAUCAACUUUCUCAAGCGUUUUGUGCCACUAUUCAUAGCCAGAAUAAUCAACCACUACCUAUUACCACUAUCUCAUGAUCACUCAUCACCACUGCUUCCCACUAUGACCCUCAUCAGAGAAUGGGUACCAGGCAUAAAUCGGGGGUUUUGCCCCGUCUCCUGGGCACUAUUCCCUCCUCCUACUACUCCUUUCCCCCCUGUGUCUCUCCUGCAUAUGACCUUAGGUGUUGUGAAGACUUCCAACUUUCCCAAUAUCAGCUGUCCCCGGUGGGAAGGGGGGCGAAUGAGGUUUGGGGGAAAGUGGGCGUGACAUGAAGUACGCAAAAAAAAAAAAAAAAAAAAACUAAAUUAUUCUAAUAUUAUACAAUUAUUCAAUAAGUAUAUAAAUAUAUCGAUCACAGCCUGUAUAAAUUAUCGCCCUUCUACAUUCUAUCACAUGGAGAUAUUUCCUCGUGACCAAUCUUUCGAGAAAAUUACCUCUGAAUGGUGCUGGGAAAACACAAAUUCAUCUUAAAAAAAUUCCAUUUCGUCAAGAACCAUAAAAAUGUUACUUUCGCGUCCGCACCAGUGCUAUAAAUAGCUUGCACUCUGGCACCCGGCACUUCACUCAGAAUUCAUCGCUCUUGCCGAGGUCAACGCUCCAGGCGCGCUCCCUCCGAUCUCUCUGCCAGUUGGGCAGUUCCCGUACCGAGAUGUCCACAUCUAAUGAACCAAACGUGGAUGAAGACAACCAAGGAAGCAGUGCUGAGAGUGAAGCAGGCACUGACUCCGACUUGAACGUGAACUCUGAAGAAGAGUCAUCUGGAGAAGAUGACUCUGCUGGUGACGACGGUGAGUGGAGGCGUAUAGCGGGUGUUUGUGACAGAGGAGCGGUACCCAUCCACUUCAGUGCUACACCAGGUUACAAGAAUAUACCUCAGGGGAUAAGUAAGCCUAUUGAAUACUUUAAUUUAUUCUUCACGGAUGAAUUUAUUGAAAAAAUUGUUCAAGAAACAAAUAAGUACAGCGACCAGUACGUGGAGGAGCACGAAGAGCAUCUAUCCACGCAUUCAAAGUCUCGUGUGCACCAAUGGCUCCAGAAGGGUCACACCAACAAAGAGGAAAUUCGAGCUUUUUUGGGCGUGUGUUUGAAUAUGGGUAUUGUAAGUAAACCCACCAUUGAAAGUUUUUGGGAUACAGUUCAUCCCAGCAUAAACACACCUUGGUUUCCCCAACAUUUUAAAAGAAACCGGUUUCAACUAUUGUUGAAAUUUUUACAUUUCAAUGAUAACUCAUUGUAUAAUGAAGGUAAUCCAGAUCAUGCUCUUUAUAAAAUCAAGCCAAUAAUAGAGCAUCUCCAAGAAAAAUUCAUUGAAUAUUUUCAUCCAGGUAGAGACCUUUCCUUGGAUGAAAGUUUGAUUGCCUUCAAGGGAUUGACUCCCCAUCUUCGCCAGUUCAUGCGUAACAAGCUCCAUGCUAAAUUUGGCGUCAAGAUGUGGUGUGUAUGUGAUGUCAACUCAGGGUACACGUGUACUUUUGAAAUAUACGGAGGAAAGACCCGAGAGCCGCCAGUACGUGGGACCUUCAACGUCACUCACAGAACAGUAAUCCGGCUCCUCAACCAAGCAAGAGUACUUAAUUUAGGUCACAAUGUCGGCUUCGACAACUACUUCUCUUCCCCAGCGUUGUUCCAAGAUCUCUACGAGCGUAACACCACAGCAACAGGCACAGUGAGGAGCAAUCGACAAGGACUGCCACCUGACAUGCAAGAUACCAGAGUCCUCAACAAUGAAGUGGCUGAGUGGCGCCAAGGUAAUAUGCUCUGUGUCAAGUACAGAGAUGGGACAAGGAACCCUGUCCAUCUAAUAUCAACAAAAUGUAGUGGUGGAUUCACACACGUAACAAACAGAAGAAAUGAAAGAGUCACAAGACCCAACAUAGUGAACGAGUACAACAGGAUCAUGGGCGGUGUUGAUCUGAAAGAUUCAAAACUCUACGCUUACCUAAGUGAACGCCGCACAUUGAAGUGGACAACAAAGGUAGCAAUGUACUUGUUUGGAACAGCUGUGCUGAACUCAUACAUAAUAUACAAAAAACACACAAGAAGCGCAGUAAUGUCAAGGCUAGAUUUUAUGUUGUCAAUAAUUGACGACCUUGUCCGACACUACAAUCCACAGACAACACAGCGUAGGGCGAGAGAAGAAAUAGAGGAGGGUCAGCGGCAGCCUCUUGCUCUCCUACAAAUGAACGAGACAGCACAGCGUAGGGCGAGAGAAGAAAUAGAGGAGGGUCAGCGGCAGCCUCUUGCUCUCCUACAAAUGAACGAGACAGCACAGCGUAGGGCGAGAGAAGAAAGUGAGGAGGGUCAGCGGCAGCCUCUUGCUGUCCUACAGAUGAACACACUUGAACACAGACUUGAAAAGCUUCCCAAGAAGAAAUUGAGAGACUGUGUUGCAGUGUUCUAA